GUGGGAGGAGUGGAGACGGCAGGAAGGCGUUUCCUACAGAACAAGUUACAGCUCCCUAUAUGGCUUCACACUCGUGUGCUGUGCGUGGAGGGCACGGACGCAGAGCGCCACAUCUGAUCAUCAGAGUCUCCUGACCACCCGUCAUCCAGCUGAAGUGAGCCAAGCGCCGACUUUCUGCCAGGUACAGAGAAACCCGAUCCAGCAUGGAGUGGAGGCGGGCUGCUCUGGUCGGCCUCAUCAUGGCGGCGUGUUUCUACAGCAGCGGCGCACAGACAACAGUCUGUACCGAAGAGGCCGUGGCAGACAUCGUCUUCCUGGUCGAUGGCUCGUGGAGCAUCGGCGCCGAGAACUUCGAGCAGAUCCGCCAGUUUCUGUUCACGCUGAUCAAUAGCUUUGAUGUCAGCCCUGAUCACGUCCGCAUCGGCCUUGUCCAGUACAGUGACAAUCCACUCACAGAGUUUCUGCUCAACACCUUUGAGAACAAGGAGGACAUCCUCAACAACAUCAUCAAACUGCCUUACAGGGGGGGCGGCACCAUGACUGGUAAAGGCUUGGAAUUCAUGUUGAACGAGCACUUUGUGGGGAACGCUGGAAGCCGAGCUGCGCAGAAAGUGCCGCAAAUUGCUGUGGUGAUCACUGAUGGCAAAUCCCAAGACGAUGUAGAGUCUCAUGCUAAGAACCUGAGGAGGAGAGGGAUUGUUUUGUAUGCAAUUGGUAUCAAAGAUGCAGAUGCAAGCCAGCUGAGGGAGAUUGCAAAUGACGAUCAGCAUGUUUACAGUGUGUCAGAUUUUGCAGCGCUGCAGGGAAUUUCUCAGAACAUCAUCCAGACGUUAUGCACAACUGUAGAAGAAGCCAAACGACAAGUCCUGCAACUGUCUCCAGAAUGUGCCAGAGCCUCCGUGGCAGACAUAGUCUUCCUGGUUGACAGCUCAUCUAGCAUUGGCGUUGAUAACUUUGAGGAAAUUAGGCAGUUUCUCCGAAGUUUCAUUUUAGGCCUCGACAUCGGCCCUGACAAAAUUCGGAUUGGCUUGGCUCAGUAUAGCGACGAGACCUACCAGGAGUUUCUGCUGAAAGAUCACAUGGACAAGGAUUCUCUGCUGGCCGAAGUCGAUCAGUUUCCAUAUCGAACAGGAGGCACAGAAACAGGAAAGGCCAUUGACUUCCUCCAGUCAGUGUACUUCACUGAGGAGGCAGGGAGCCGGGCGAGCCAGCGAGUUCCUCAGUUUGCUGUAGUCAUCACAGACGGGGACUCCACGGAUGACGUAGUCGAGCCCGCCAAGCGCCUGCGCGAUCAAGGAGUUAUCAUAUUUGGCAUUGGGGUGGGAGAGGUUAACCAGCAGGAGCUCGAGUCUAUCGUAAACCUACCUGCACACCACUUCCUUUACACAAUCGACAGCUACCAGGCUCUACAGCGGCUAACAGACAGUCUGCUGGAAACUGUAUGCAUCUCCGUGGAGAGUCUGAGUCAAGCGUUGGCAGAAAAGUUUGCAGACAUUUUCUUCCUGGUGGACAGUGGCAUCAGUCAAACAGAUUUCCAGCAGGUCAGAAACAUCCUGGUCCGACUGGUCAAUCAACUCAACAUUGGAGCUUCUGGCUACCGUCUCGGACUGGCCCAGUACAGUAAAGAUACCAAAGUAGAGUUUCUCCUUAAUGCUUUCCAAACCAAAGAGCAGGCGCUCGCUGGUGUAAAGUCCUUCCGCCUGAGCCGACUUCAGCCCAAUCAGCCACGCUACCUGGGCAGAGCACUGGAGUACGCCAGCUCUCAUUUCUUCACGAAUGAAUCAGGAAGUCGGGCAUCCCAAGGCUUCCGACAGUUUCUGGUUGUUCUAAGUGGAAAAGACUCAGAUGAUCCCAUUUUUAAGCAGACACGUCUGAUCAAAUCACUAGGCGUAACUAUCGUGGGAGUGAGCUUCGGUGCAUCAAUGGACGAAAUGCGUGUAAUAGCCACGAAGCCGUACGUGUACGAGUCUACCUUCAACGCAGUGCCUACGCUAAAGACCGUUUUUGAAAGAGAGGAAGAGGAGAUCACUCUCACUCAAGGUGAAAAUUUCACCGAGGACGCUGGAAGCAGGAAAGAUAAGGGCGUUCAGCAGGUGGCGGUCGUGAUCACAGACGGCGAAUCGCAGGAUAACGUGACCGAGGCGGCAGCUGCUCUCCGCCGCGCUGGCGUCACCGUUUACGCUGUAGGAGUCCAAAAUGCCAACGAGGCUGAACUGAACCAGAUAGCGUCCCACCCCCCCAACAAGCACGUGUUCAUAGUGGACACUUUUGACAAGCUGAAAGGUCUGAAGAAGAACCUGCAGAGGACUCUUUGCUAUAACAUCAUUCACCAGGCGGUCUCAGUCAGCACAAGAAGAGCUGGCAUCAAAGAAGGCUGCGUGCAGACCGAUGAAGCCGACAUGUUCUUCCUGAUCGACCACUCGGGAAGCAUUCACCCCACUGACUUCUAUGACAUGAAGAAGUUCAUCAUUGAGUUUAUUGAUACCUUCCGUAUCGGGCCUCAGCAUGUCCGAAUGGGCGUUGCCAAAUACGCAGAUUCGCCAAACCUGGAAUUUGAUCUGACCGAUUACACAGAUGCAUCCACGCUGGAGAAAGCUGUGGAGGAAAUUAGUCAAGUAGGCGGCGGCACACAGACGGGGCAGGCCCUGGAAUUCAUGAGUCCACACUUUGAGAGAGCUGUGGUCACUCGUGGUCACAAAGUCCCCACGUUCCUGGUGGUCAUCACGGAUGGAAAAUCUCAGGAUAAGGUCAAGGUUCCAGCAGAGCGACUGAGGAAUCAGGGUGUCAUUGUCUACGCCAUUGGGGUGAAAGACGCCGACGAGGCUGAGCUGAAAGAGAUUUCCGGUGACACCAAGAGGACUUUCUUUGUCAAUAAUUUUGAUGCCUUAAAGCCGAUCAAAGAUGAAAUCAUCACAGAUAUCUGUUCUCCAGACGUUUGUAAAGAUAUACCAGGCGACCUCGUCUUCUUGAUUGACAGCUCUGGAAGCAUCUAUCCCGAAGACUACACAAAAAUGAAAGAGUUCAUGAAAUCGGUCAUUGGGAAGUCCAUCAUUGGGAAGAAUGAGGUGCACGUAGGUGUCAUGCAGUUCAGCACUGUCCAAAGACCCGAGUUCAGACUCAACGUCCACUACAGCAAAGAAGAAAUGUUGAAAGCCAUCGAUAACAUGGAGCAGAUGGGUGGAGGCACGUACACGGGCAAAGCCAUAAGAGAAGUAUCUCAGUAUUUUGAUGCAGCCAGAGGAGGACGGCCCAGCCUGAGGCAGAGGCUAGUGGUCAUAACAGAUGGCGAGGCCCAAGAUGCAGUUAAACGCCCCGCUGAAGCUCUGAGGGCCAAAGGAGUGGUGGUCUACGCCAUUGGAGUGGUGGACGCCAACAUCACCCAGCUGCUUGAGAUCAGUGGAUCCCCAGAUAGGAUAAAGAAAAAAAAUGAAUGCAAGAAGACAGAAAGAGCUGACAUCAUUUUCUUGGUGGACGGCUCCACAAGCAUAACCCUGAAAAAGUUUCGAAGCAUGCAGAAGUUUAUGCAGUCGAUGGUGAACCAAACCACAGUUGGCACAGACCUGACCCGCUUCGGUGUCAUCCUCUACGCAAAUGAACCCAAGUCUAUUUUCACUCUAAAUCAGUACAGCUCCAAGUGGGAGGUUUCCCAGGCCAUUAUGGCUCUCAAAUCCCCGUAUGGAGACACAUACACUGGCAAAGCUUUGAAAUUUGCUCUACAGUUCUUUGAUGCUAAAUAUGGUGGACGGGCAGAGGUGCCUCAGAUCCUCAUGGUAAUUACCGAUGGCGAUGCUACUGACCCACACAGUCUGAAUGAACCAUCUGCGGCUCUGAGAAACAAAGGGGUCACUGUCUUCAGUAUUGGAGUGGAAGGAGCCAACAAGGAACAGCUGGAGGUCAUGGCUGGUCAAGAUAAAGCCAACGUUUUUUACGUGGAUAACUUUGAUGCCCUGGAAAAACUCUACAAAAACAUCACGCAAGUCCUAUGCAACUCCACCAAACCAGUUUGUGAAAAACAAAGUGCUGACCUGGUCUUCCUAGUUGAUCAGUCAGGUAGCAUUAACCAAAAUGACUACGCCAUCAUGAAGAACUUCACCAUAGAUCUCAUCAACAGCUUCAAUGUCAGUGAAGAUUUCGUUCGUGUUGGGUUUGCCCAGUUCAGCGACAUUUUUCAACACGAGUUUUACCUCAACCAGUUCUACACUGAGAAGAAAAUGUCGGAUCACAUCAUGCAAAUGAGUCAGCGUGGGGGAGGAACCAACAUCGGACUGGCUCUGACUUCCAUUAAGGAGUAUUUUGAGGCAUUGCGGGGCAGUCGUAAAUCUGAAGGCAUCUCCCAGAAUUUGGUGUUGAUCACAGAUGGAGGAUCGCAAGAUGAUGUUGAAGACCCUGCCAUCGAACUAAGGGCUCUAGGAAUCGAGGUGUUUGCCAUCGGCAUUGGAGAUGUCCACAUUCUGGAGCUGCUGCAGAUCACCGGCACACCGGAGAGGCUCUUCACUGAGCAGAACUUUGACAGCUUGGAAAAUAUCAAGCAAAAGGUGGUCAACAGCAUCUGCAAAUCCAAACUUAUCCCAGAACAACCAGCCUGCAGCAUCGACAUCGCCAUGGGAUUCGAUAUUUCUAGAAGAAGAAAUCCAAACGAGGUGCUAGUCAGCGGCCACAACAGCCUCAGGACCUUCCUGCCAGAGAUCGCUAAUUACGUUUCCUCAGUAGAAGGCCUGUGCUGCCUCGGCCCCGAGCCCAUCAGACCCAACGUCGCCUAUCGAAUCGUGAGCCGCGAUGGAAACACAGUGGAAGACUUUAGCUUUGUGGAGUACAGUGACGACGUGGUGACCAAAGUCAUGGACUUUAAUUUAGCAGAGCCAACGUACUUCAACACAGCUCUGCUCAGAUCCUUUGGGGAGAAGUUCAAGCUGCAAAUCUAUGUGCUGGUGAUCUUCUCAGAUGGAAUUGAUGACGAUGUGGUGAUUCUGGAGAACGAAUCGGAGCUGCUGAGACAGUCUGGCGUCAACGCUCUGCUGGUUGUGGCUCUCGAGGGAGCGCGUGACCCCGCCCAGCUGCAGAUGGUGGAGUUCGGUCGAGGUUUCGACUACAAUCACCGUCUGAGCAUCGGCAUGCCGGGCAUCGGCAGCACCAUCCUCACUCUGCAGGACACCGUGUCAAACAGGGAGUGCUGCGGCGUCAUGUGCAAAUGUUCAGGACAUGAAGGCAUCCGUGGCUCUCGGGGCCCCCCGGGGUCAAAGGGCGCGGUUGGGCAGAAGGGUCACCCCGGCUUCCCCGGAGAGGAGGGCCUCGCUGGCGGGAGGGGUUUACCUGGACCGAGCGGACCUCAGGGACUCCAGGGAUGCUCAGGAAUCAGAGGACAGAAGGGCUUCAGAGGGCUGCGAGGAGAAAGGGGCGAAGACGGAGAGGACGGGCUGAGCGGAGUGGACGGAGAACAGGGAGUGACGGGAGGGGAUGGAGCCCGAGGAGAGAGAGGACACCCCGGCAACCCGGGUAUCCCAGGAAUUAGGGGGGAGACGGGGGUGAAAGGACAGCAAGGACUGAGAGGAGAUCCGGGACAACCGGGGGCUGAUAACACCUCGCCCGGAGCCAAAGGAGACCCAGGAAACCCCGGCCUGCCGGGAGCACCCGGGCAGGACGGCCGGUUCGGAGAGUCCGGAAUCGUCGGGAACCCGGGACAAAACGGAAGACGGGGACGACUGGGUGACCAGGGUGCAGCUGGACCACCUGGAGAUCUGGGACCUGAAGGCAGCCCAGGUGGUUCUGGUCCACAGGGUCCCGGAGGGGUCAGAAGUCAGCCUGGCCCGAGAGGAAUCCCCGGCCUUCCUGGACCUCAGGGUGGACCAGGUCCCGCUGGAGACCCGGGAUUACCUGGACGGAUCGGUGGUAACGGACAGAAGGGCCAACCAGGAGAUCCCGGUGAUAAGGGCGCACCGGGACCAGACGGACCCCGAGGAAUGCCGGGUCAGGACGGUCGGGAUGGUUACGGAGCCGCGGGACCCCGAGGUGCAAAGGGCGAUCCCGGUUUCCCUGGUUACCCCGGUCUUCGGGGCGAGGAGGGGCUGCAGGGACCGAAAGGAUAUCCAGGGCCCAAAGGGAACCGCGGCCGGGGGGGUAACGCUGGUUUGCCGGGAGGGUCGGGAGUCCCCGGAGAACCGGGAUAUCCGGGACACAGGGGCCCCCGAGGUUCUCCUGGAGGCAAAGCCAUGACUGACUGUCAGCUGAUCACCUACAUCAGGGACAACUGUGUUUGCUCUGCUGAUCGGUCAGCGUGCCCGGCCUACCCCACCGAGCUGGUGUUCGGUCUCGACAUGUCUGAUGACGUGACCCCGGGGGACUUCGGUAGGCAGCGCUCCGCCCUCCUCUCCCUGCUGAAUGACAUCAGUAUCGCAGAGAGUAACUGCCCGCACGGCGCACGUGUCGCUGUGGUGGGAUACAACACCUACACCAAGUACCUGAUCCGCUUCCAGGACUACCGGCGCAAGGCACAGCUGCUAGAGGCCGUGAGGAACAUCGCCCAGGAGAGGACGUCCAACAAACGGCAGCUGGGCGCCGCCAUGCGCUUCGUGGGUCAGAACAUCUUCAAACGAGUCCGAGCAGGAAUAAUGAUGAGGAAGGUGGCCGUCUUCUUUUCUAGCGGGCCUACAGAGGAGGCUAACGACAUUGUGACGGCCAUGAUGGAGUACCGGGCCCUCAACAUUGUUCCAGCAGUCAUCUCUCUGAGGAACACUCCCGAUAUCGAACAAGCGAUGCAGGUUGAUGACUCGAGAAACUUUGUGUUCACGGUGCUGGGAGAACGGGCCACCGGGCUCAGGACGGUCAGGAACUGCGCCAUCUGCUACGACCCCUGCAGGCGUGCAGAGGAGUGCGCCUUCAUCCAGGAACCAGUGCCGCCUCAGCAGGCGGAUGUGGACCUGGUCAUGGUGCUGGACAGCUCCAGGGAGAUCCAGGCCGAUGAAUACGCCGGUGCCCGGCAGCUGCUGAGCUCUGUGGUGGAGCAGCUGGCCGUGAGUCCACAGCCCCGCCGAGCCGGCCGCCAGGCCCGAGUAGCUCUGGUCCAACAGAGCGCCAAGGUGGAGUUCGGCCUGCAGACCUACCAGAACGCUGGAGACAUGAAGACGUACAUGAUCCAGAACAUGCAGCAGCAGGGCGGCUCUUUGGCGCUGGGACAGAUGCUGGACUACACCCUGAGGGAGGUGCUGCUGAAGGCCGGCCAGCCGCGCAGCAAGAGGGCCAUCCUGACUGUGGUGGGCACCAAGACGGCCUACAGAGACCAGGCCAAGCUGCGCUACAUCUCCCAGAAGGCCAAGUGUGAGGGGGUGGCGCUGUUUGUGGUGGCGGUGGGUGAUCGUUACGACCGCACGGAGGUGGAGGAGCUGGCCAGCAUGCCGAUACAGCAGCACCUGAUCAGACUCGACAGGCUGAAGGCCGACGAGCAGGGCUACGCCCAGCGCUUCAUCAGAGUCUUCCUCUCCGCCCUCAACAAGGGAGUCGCCUCGUAUCCUCCUCCCUCUCUGAGGCGAGCAUGUGACCAGCUGGGCGGCCAGGAGGGAGGACAGAUAUUCAUAACGGGUCAGGGCGUGGCACAGGUGGAGGACGAGUUUGGAGAGGAGGUGGAGGACUUCCAGGAGCAGACCGGAGGACAGAUUCAGAGCGAGCAGCUGGACGUCAUCAACACUCUGAUCAGAGGAAACGGCCAGAAAGUCAUCUCUGACACGCACGUCAAAGAUCCCAAUGUGGUGGAGAAGACUCCGCCUACCAGCUUUGUCUCUACAGAUUCCUGUGUCCUCCCUCAGGACCAGGGCAGCUGCGACAACUACACGAUGAUGUGGUUCUUUGACGCCGCACAGAAGGAGUGCGCUCGCUUCUGGUACGGCGGCUGCGGCGGCAACAAGAACCGCUUCCUGACGCAGGAGGAGUGUCAGAGCCUGUGUGGGACGAAGAUCAGAUGAGGAGGACGAGAGCGUCACGGCUGAACACGCAUAAGGAAACCUGCCGAGGCCACUCAAUGAAUUAGUCACAGCAUUUACCCGCCCGCCCUCCCCCGCCGCCAUCAGGGAAACAGCUCGAACGCUUUCAGUCAUGUGCCGCCUGCUUUUUGUUCGUUUACACGCAUGUUCGAUUUAAAGAGGCCCAGAAAGGUCACAGGAACGAUCGCCUAAAGUCUCCGUGCCAGCAGGUGUGACCUGUAACAGCUGACGGUCGCUGCUCCUCGCACUGGUUUGUCCUCGUUCACGUUAGGAAACAGAAAAAAGUCAGACAUACAAAUUCGGGACUUGCAGUUUGUACAGUUAGCCUCAGUCAAAGAGGCCACGCCCCCUGUAACGCUUUAAAACAGGCUGGAAAGGUUUAACGUGCGAUUCUAUGGCGACUCACUCGCUGCUGCCUCUGCUGGGCACAGGAGAAAUUGCAGGUUGGUGCUCGUUCUCGGUGCUGAAUCAUAAUCCAGCUCACAGGAAACGUGAACGUUACUGUGACCUUUCAGGGCCUCCGUAGUUUUCCCUCCAGAGCACAUCCCGUUUCCCUCACAGACCCCGCCCACGCUCCUUUCCCUCCAGUCAGGUGCUACUUUUUAUAAAUCAGGUGGAGGCUGAUGUGAGAACUUAAGACUUGAGUGAAGUUAACGUGUUGAUGUGUAAUUUUCCAUGAACCUGAUGAUUAAACACAAAGUGAAGCGUGUACGUCAUCGCUCCCACAGACGGGACCGUGAUGACUUCCUGUAACUCUCAGCUGUCACACGUCAACGAUGGUUUAAGAAAAUAAAAUGAUCUCAAGUGUC